AUGCGAUUUUACGCCGCUUCCAGCACCGCCGAGACCAUCGGCGAGCGAUAUCACGAUAUCCUCAGUUCUCCUACGCUCGCAGGGCUCCGGCACAUUCGCAACAUCGUUCAUGAAGCUGUGGUGCUUGAGGAUGUUAUCAAAAAGUACGUGGAUGAUCGAAGAACUCGCAUCGAAAAGCGGUAUCACGAGAGAAAGCGAGGCCGCCGCGCAAAGACCGUCUCUGACCUUAUUCCUACAGUAUCGCUGCAAGAUCUGCGAGAUCAACAAGAGGAGGCUAUCGCCGACGAUAAGAAGAAGCAACAUAAGCAGGGUAUACGAUUCACACGAUCUGUCAUCAUCAAGGAGAUGAACCGCCUCAAGGAUGAGUGGCGAGAGAAUAAAGAAGUUAUCGUUAACGGCAUACCAAAGAGGCUGUAG